AAACUGGAAGCAAACAUUUUAUUUUAACGACAUGAAAGAAUAUAUUGACAACUUACAAGUAUUCGGCCAAUGGUACAAAUUUCCAGGCCAGGAAGGAUUUAAAAAAAAAAAAAAAAAAAUUAGCUAGCAAGCAGCGCAGCAGCGAUAAUGGUGUGGUGAUAAUAAAUAAUGUGAUAAAAAUAGAAUAAAUUUGCAAGGCUGAUGAGUCCUUUUGUUUAGUGUUCACUUACCAGCGAGUCUGUCUACAGGCUUCUAAAUAAAAUACAAUAAUGUCGACCGGUAGUGUUAGCGGUGAGUCUAUCGAGCGAUGGUCUGCUUCGAGCCCCCAAGAGCUUAGCGCCCACAGUUCGCCAGCGCAGCUAGUGCCUCAGUUCGAGUGUUCCUUGGAUACCUUACUUCUAACGGAGGACAUUCAGUGUGCCACUACCCCAUUCUUGAAGAUCAUUGAACAACCACAAGGUCACUAUAAGUUUAGGUACCGAACUGAGAUGCAGAGUUCGCACGGCUGCCUGCGUGGGAAAAGUUAUGUGAAGAACUCGAAUCAAAACCCUUGUCCUGGUGUUGAGCUGGUCAACUAUAAUGGACCUGCGCUGAUAAAAUGCAAAUUGGCACAGUUUGACAAUGUUCAUGAACAUCCCCAUAGAUUAUGCAUUGAUGAUAUUGGCGAUAUCACUUUUGAUGUCCCAAAAGGAGAUUCCUACAAAGCUUGGUUUCCGGAUCUGUACAUCGUACACACUCCAGCCAAAGAUGUUUUGGAUUGGUUGUACAGAGGACAUGACACCGAGAAUUUGAAUACUGAAGGAAGAGGAUUAAUUCGAAAACAGUGUGAAAACAUGGCAAAAUUGAUUGAAAUGAACAUUGUUCGCCUAAAAUUCAGCGCGCACCGUCCUGACUCAGGCGAAGAGAUUUGUGCUCCGGUUUUUUCGGAACCAAUUAGAAAUCUAAAAAGUGCAGCCACAAAUAUUCUUAAGAUAUGCCGCUUGAGUCGCUGUUAUGGCCGUGUCAGUGGGGGAGAUGAUGUUAUUAUGCUGGUGGAAAAAGUAAUUAAAAAAAACGUCAUGAUCCGGUUUUUCGAGUUAAACGAAGACGGCAAAGAAAUAUGGUCAGGAAAUGGGACGUUUUCGGAGAACGAUGUUCACCAUCAAUAUGCCAUAGUAUUCAGGACACCUCCAUACAAGGACCUCAGGAUCACAAAAAGAGUACAAGUUUUCGUGGAACUAGUGCGACCAUCGGACGGGAAAAAGAGCGAGCCCAUAGAAUUUUACUACACCCCCGAGGUCGUUCCUUUUAGUAAGAAACGGAAACUCGAUGAUUUUUUCGAAAAGCAAAAAUCCGUACCAAUCGUCAACAACUCUUUGGAAACUUUUAUAGAAGUGAAUCAACCGGUAACACCGAACCAACACCCAGAUGAGUUAUGGAUGUCAAAUGGAACCCAACUGAGUCAAAUAUCCUGUGGUCAAGACCAAAGCCCGCUCCUAGCCCAAGCUAGCAUAAUGCGUCAACAAAGCGACGGCAAUGCCAUUAUGACAUUUAAAAUACCCGUUGCCCCCGCGCAAAUGAAUACUAGUUAUUCCAAUGAUGUCAAUGAUAUGGACGUAUUUGCGGAUUCAGAUUUUACUGAAUACUUCGACUCGCUUUUAGCUGAAUUUGAGCCUAACUUUGUGGCAGACACAGGGCGCGGGGACGUAAGAACGACACAUCAAGACAAAGAAGUUGAUGACCAGACCAUUAUAAAAAUGAUGGCUAUUGAGCUUCAAAAAAUCGUCGAGAUGAUAAGAAUUAAACGCGAGAGCUUUGAAAAUAGGUUGGAAGCACUCUUUGAUCUCCGGCUUUCAAAUGGCGACACGUUCCUCCACGUGACCCUGGACAGCAAGCAGCCUUUGGUGAACUACCUCAUCGACCUGAUCCACGACUCCAAUAUGACUCACUUGCUCAACCUCAAGAAUGCGUCGGCGCAGACUAUACUCCAUCGAGCGGUGGCGGACAACUUGUCUGAUAUGAUACCAUUGUUGAUAUCUAAAGGUUGUGACCCGAUGGUGGAGGAUUUGGAAGGGAACAACGCAAUUCAUUACGGUGUGAAAAACGAAGACUCUUUGGGUCCACUCCUAGCCGCCACCGAGAAGUUUCAAGUGCCUCGCAAUCUAGACGCUUGCAAUUACGAAAAACAGACGCCCCUGCACUUGGCAGUGAUAUAUAAGAGCGUAGAGAGCGCUCGCAUUCUACUAGAGAGCGGGGCGGAUUGCGGGACGCGGGACGCUGCGGGACGCACGGCCCUGCACCUGGCCGCGUUAGACGAUUAUCUGCCCGUCACUGGGCUGCUGCUGGGACACAUGCACCCGGACCAAGUGAAUGCAGUGGACGACCGAGGGUAUACUGCCCUGCAAAUACUCUGCGAUAAGAACACCACUAAUGUUACUAUUGAGAUGGUCAAACUAUUGCUGGAAAACAAGGCUGACCCGGUACAGCACCAGAAGUAUAAUUUGUCAGCCUGGCAGCUGGUGAAGACGAAGCCUCCGCUCAGAGACUUGCUCCAGAAAUAUGUAGCAGUUGACCAAAACGAAUGUGAUUCAGAGGAUGAAUUCAAAUCGGCUGAUGAGGGAGUAAGUUUAAAUAUUUUUAACUAGCUUUUGCCCGCGUAAAAUUUUGUCUGUCACAAAAAAUUAUCGCGCACGUCCCUGUUUCAAAUACCAGGAUAAAAACUAUCUUAUGUCCUUUCUCGAGUCUCUAACUAUACUUCAUGCCACUAAUUUACUAACUUGCUGAUCUCAACAUUAUUAUUUUGUACGCUUUUGAGCGCACCAUAUAAAAGACCAGUGUAGGUCUAAUUACAUAAUAUUAUAAAUGAUUCUCUUGUAUUACAGGACUCGGCCGAUCAAGAUGAAGAUUCACCAUAAACAACAAGUUUUUAAAUGCAUUUGGGAAUAGUGAAGAAACAUUAAAUUUAUUAAAUAUUUCUGUUUGAGCAAAGCCAUCCAGAAAACCUAUUGUGCCCUCAAAGGCAAACUAAAAAACUUGAUAGGCAUCAAUGCCUUUCAAGUUUUUUUUAGUUAAUCCUAAAUUUUUCUACAAUGAUUUUUUGAUAGAUCGAUUGAGAAUAUGAAGUAUCUUAGUGCAAGUUACACUUGUAUAAUUUAAAAAUCAUCACACGAUUUGAUGUUCAUAUUUACGUGGUAAUAUUCUGAAACACUAGAAUUUAUGUAUAAGAUCGUAUUUUGUUUUGCUUGUGCAAUAAGUUUUUUUUUAUUACUAAUAUUGUACCUAUUAUAUUAAUGUCGAUGUAUUUUGAAUCAUUUUAUUAUAUUUUAGUCUUAAAAGUGAAACAUUAUAAUAAUACUUAUUUUACAAUUUAAUAGGCAUUUAGAUGGUAAGAUUUAUUUUGGAGUCCUAAUAGUGUGUAAUGCAUAUUGAAAAUGAAAUGCGCACUUUUAGAGCUUUACGAACUUGUUUAGGUGUGGACAUCAUCAUCAAUAAUGGACUUUUUAUAAACGAACAAAAUUAAUGUUAAAAUGAAUUAGUUAUUCUUCUAUUGGAAACUAAAUCAAAAAAAGUUACUGU